UUUUUUUUUUGUAAAGAAAAACAGUAAAACACCAGUUGUUUCUAUCCAGGCUUUCAAGGUUACUUCAUAGGAUUAUUAAUAUUCUUAUCAGAUUCGAAUUUUGUCUCGACGUGCAGAAUUACACCUUUAUAGAUGAUAAGUUAUCUCACGAUUUAUUACUUGACUGAUGAAUAACAUGACGAUGCUCUCUGUUUUUCUAAAGUCAUUGAGAUCCGGUGUACUUAAUUCAACCCUUCGAAGUAGACCAUACUCUAUCAGUAAUACAGAUCCUCCAGGCAGAAUUCAAUCCACGAUGGAAAAUCGUGGUAUCAUUCCUGCACAUCAAAUUGCUCUUCAACAUCUCGAUCGAGUUGCUAUUAAAGACAGUCAUGGCUCUCAUACCUAUUUGGAUGUGUUACUUAAAGCCAUUAAGUUGUCAAAUAUGAUUAAAAGUUCUAUAGGUCCAGAAAAAAAUCAAGAAAGAAUUGGCUUCCUCUGUCCGAAUGACUCUACCUAUGUUAUAUCUCAGUGGGCCUGUUGGGCGGCAGGGCACAUUGCUGUACCACUCAGUCCUGUUCAUCCUCCUUCUCUGUUGGGUUACUAUGUCAAAGACUGUGAUGCUGCCUUAAUAAUUGCUUCUCAAAGCCAUUCCCAAUUGCUUAAUGCUGUACAAGAAACAGUUGGUCUGGAUAUAAAAUCUGUAAUUCUAGAAGAAUCAUGGCAACAAACCAUCAACCAAAAUGUUACACCCACCCAACUAAAAGCCAUUCUAUGUGACACAAAGCCGAUGGAAUUUUAUCAGAAUUCUGAUGCUAUGAUACUGUAUACUAGUGGAACUACCGGCAAACCCAAGGGAGUUCUACUGAGUCAUAAAAACAUCGAUGCUCAGGUACGAAUGUUAAUUGAAGUAUGGCAAUGGUCCAAAAAAGACGUCAUCGUUCAUGCGCUUCCACUUCAUCACACUCAUGGUGUCAUAAACGCUUUGCUAUGUCCCCUAUAUGUAGGAGCCAGUUGUAUUAUGUUGCCCAAAUUCGACUCGAAAGCAAUUUGGGAAAAUUUCUUAAAUACUAACGUAAGUCAAGAGGAAAAGCCUACUCUGUUCAUGGGUGUGCCUACAAUGUACAGCAAACUACUCUCACAUUACGAUUCCACUUAUGGGGAAACUCAACGGAAAAGGGAAUAUGUGAAAGCUAGUAUUUCUAACAACAUUAGGGUUAUGAUUAGUGGGUCUGCAGCUCUUCCUGAGCCGGUGUUUUACAAAUGGAAAGCAGCAACUGGAAUUGAAAUUGUGGAACGUUAUGGGAUGACGGAAAUUGGUUCUGUUUUAUCUAUUCCUCUGGAGGGAGAACGACGCCCUGGUUAUGUUGGAGUUCCGUCGCCUGGUGUCAGCAUCAGAUUAGCAGAAUUUCAGUCUUCUCCUCUUGGAUCCAAAGCUAAUUAUCAAAUCUUGUUCGAGACCAGCUACGACCAGUUUUCAAAAGGCUACGCAAAUGAUAAAGUCGUAGGAGAUCUUCUUAUCAAAGGGCCAAACGUUUUUAAAUGUUAUUGGAACAAACCAGAAGCCACAGCUAAAGAUUUUACUGCGGAUGGAUGGUUUCGAACUGGAGAUUCAGUUCAAUUUGAUAAUGGUUAUUUCAAGAUCCUUGGCCGAUUAUCAGCAGACAUUAUUAAAUCCGGCGGAUUUAAAAUUUCUGCUCUCGAAAUCGAAACCCAUCUGCUUGGUCAUCCCGAAAUUGCAGAUUGCACGGUAUUCGGAAUUCCUGAUGUUACUUGGGGACAAAAGGUAGCAGCUGUUCUUGUCCUGGCGAACCCUGAGAUGAGCAUAGACUUAAUAGCUCUUAAACAAUGGUGCAAAGAAAGAAUGGCUCCUUACAUAGUGCCAAGUGAAUGGCGAAUAUAUUCCGAACUACCCCGUAAUGCGUUGGGUAAGGUUAAUAAAGUAGAAUUCGCAAAAGUAGCAUUUAAUGCUAAUCCAGGUUCUAGCAAACUUUGAAUAUUUGUUUGCUAGGUGCUAUUAUGUAUACUGUUUAGCAUUGUGAUAUGUCAUAACAGGCGUUGUAUUUUGAAAUUUAUCUUUGUUUGUACAAUUGCAAUUAGUUAUACAAUACAAUUCUUGAACCCUAA